AAGAAAGUCAAAGAGUGAGAAAGAGAAAGCAGAAUGUGACAGAAUAAGUUUUGCUCCCAGAUCCAUCAUGGCUGAUUUCACUCACUCAGUGCGGUCGCUGUUCUGCUGCUGCUGUUGUGCAUUGCACACAAGUUCUCAUCUCAGUGUCAAUGAAAACAGACGCCUUCGCCCAGGACAUGCCAACCCAAACGAGCGUUCGCGCCGUAAGCUGCCCCUGCCGCCUCCUGAGGAUGAGGACGGUGAGGGGAGGCCGGCGAGGAAGGUCUUGGCCAUGUACGACUUUGUGGCGCGCGAAGACACCGACCUGACACUACGCAAGGGAGAGGAGUACACCAUCCUGCACAAACAGGACCAGCUCUGGUGGAGGGCAGAGGAUAAACAUGGCAAUAAGGGCUUCAUCCCGAGUAACUACGUUACAGAGAAGGACACAAUUGAAGCUAACGUGUGGUACUGCAAAAACGUUACCAGAGCACAAGCUGAGCAACUACUACGACAGGAUAAUAAAGAAGGGGGAUUCAUUGUGAGAGACUCCAGUCUGCCUGGAAACUACACUGUGUCAGUCUACACUAAAGCCAUGAGGCUGGAUGGGGACGUGAAGCACUACCAGAUCAGACACUCUCCUGCUGGCCAGUUCUUCCUGGCCGAGAAGCACGUCUUCAGCUCCAUACCAGACCUCAUCCACUACCACAUGUUCAACGCUGCAGGCCUGAUCUCUAGGCUGAGGUACCCUGUCGGAGCGAUGGGCCGCUGUGAGCCAGCCACCUCUGGAUUCAGCUCUGAUAAGUGGGAGAUUAACCCGGCAGAGCUGACCUUCAUGAAGGAGCUAGGCAGUGGGCAGUACGGCGUGGUGCGGCUGGGCAAGUGGAGAGCUCAGCACAAAGUGGCCAUCAAGGCCAUCAGGGAGGGAGCCAUGUCUGAAGACGACUUCAUAGAGGAGGCCAAGGUCAUGAUGCGUUUGUGUCACCCCAAGCUGGUGCAGCUGUACGGCGUGUGCCUGCGCGAGCGGCCGCUGUGUAUCGUGACUGAGUUCAUGGAGCAGGGCUGCCUCCUGGAGUACCUGAGGAGGCACGCGGGGGCGCUGAGCGGGGGGCAGCUGCUGGCCAUGUGCCAAGAUGCCGGCGAAGGAAUGGAGUACUUGGAGCACAGUAGCUUCCUGCAUCGAGACUUGGCUGCACGCAACUGUCUGGUGAGCCAGAACGAUGUGGUGAAGGUCUGUGACUUUGGCAUGACCAGGUAUGUUUUGGAUAACCAGUAUACCCCUUCCUUUGGGGCCAAGUUCCCAGUGAAGUGGUCCCCUCCUGAGGUACUCCACUUCAACAAGUAUACCAACAAGUCGGACGUCUGGUCCUAUGGUGUGCUGAUGUGGGAGAUCUUCUCGGAGGGGCGGGUCCCAUUUGAGAAUCGCACCAAUCAGGAGGUGGUAGAGGAGGUAACCCAGGGCAACCGCCUGUACCGCCCACACAAGGCCUCCGCCGCCGUCUAUGACAUCAUGUUCACCUGCUGGGACGCGAAGCCACAAGAGCGUCCAUCAUUCUCAGAACUGCUGGCAAGCAUCAGGCAGCUAGCUGCAGAAGACCUGGCUAUAGCAUCAGGCAGCUAGCUGCAGAAGAGCU